UAACCGACUAUCCCAAAUCAUACAUUAGUCAGCACCCAAUAUAUGAAGAUGUUCGGCUUUCGUUCCUGUGAAAUCGCAUUAGAAAAAGAAGCGUACCGUCCUGGAGAAAUUGUGAAUGGCAAGGUACUUUAUAAUUUCGCAAAGGAGUGUACUGUUAGAGAUUUGACAAUUAAAUUAUCCGGAAAGGCAUGGGUUCGAUUGGAAAAAGGAAGCCAUAAACAUUCCAGAAUUGAGCGCGUUUUGAAAAUGACAUCAACCUUACUAAAAUGUCAAACAAACUUCAGUCCGGGAGAUUACGUUUACCCGUUUACGUUUACUUUACCUGAUAACUUACCAUCUUCAGUGGAAGCGUCAUACAUAACAUCGUGGGGAAGUAUAAAGUACAAGGCGAAAGCAAAGAUCGAUAAAAAAUGGAGCCUAGACUGCAGUUGCGAGAAGGUCUUUAACAUGUUGCCAAGGAACGAGUUUAACUUAAUGAGUGCUUCCCCAGUCGAACGCACGAUAGAGAAAGUUCCCACUUCGAUCAGCAUCAACGGGCCAAUCCAAUUCACAGUGAGCAUACCGGACGAUCGCUACGUUCCCAAUCAAGCGGUUCCAUUCGUAGCGAGAGUUAAGAACGAUUCCAGCAAUACGGUGAAAGAGCUGCGUUUUGAAAUUGUCCAGGGCUUUACUUUCCAUAUUCUUCAUCAUGAGAGAGAAUUUACGGUGUCCGGUACCGACCAGGUGACCGUGAUUGACAGUGUCGUGGAGCCAGGCUCUGAGAACCUCUGGAAUCUUCAGCUCGCAAUUCCCGAAGACAUGUUCGUCGGCACGACGUCCAACUGUAAGAUUAUGAAGGGAUUCUGGAAACUGAAGGGUGAGGUGUGUCUGCCUUUACCGCACAGGAAUAUCCGUAUUGAGAUACCCCUCCGUCUUGGACCUAGACUCGAAUCUGAAAAAGCUUAGUGCUGAUCCAGUAAGGAUUGGUCAUUUAAAUUAAAUCUCUGGUUUUUCUAUCAACA